UGUUUAAGCAGAAGCCGGGUUACCAUUAUUUGUCUUGUUGUGAGUUUUUGGCGGGAUGGGGGAGCUCUUGAGCUACACAAUUAUUUCCAGGAAGUACAAUUGGUGUGCGGAGCUUUUGCAUUCAACUGUUAGUUCUAUAGUGCCCAGUCCUGAGCUACCACUGUGUUUGUAUUGCGCACAAUUCUUUCUGGCUCAAAUAGCUGAUUUUCUAGGCAAAAUGUUCUCUUUCCCCUGUAACUAAACAUUAACUUGCUGUUUAAUUUAACCCCCCUGCAACUCGCUGUGCUGUCUAGCACUCAGUGAAACGUGCGUAUCUCCAGCGUCUUAACUUUACCCAGCUCGUCCCAGUUCUGAAGUAUAGCAGAAGUUCUGUGUGUAGAACACUGUUCUAAUUAAAAGCAGACGCGGUGGGAGAGAGUACAGGACGAGCCUCUACUCCGGGAGAACCCGCGCCGCUUCGUCAUCUUCCCUAUUCAGUACCAAGACAUCUGGCAGAUGUACAAGAAAGCCGAGGCCUCCUUCUGGACCGCUGAAGAGGUAGACCUGUCCAAGGAUAUGCAGCACUGGGAGGGCCUGAAAAAGGAGGAGAGAUACUUCAUCUCUCAUGUCUUGGCUUUCUUCGCCGCCAGUGACGGCAUAGUCAAUGAGAACUUGGUGGAGCGCUUCAGCCAGGAGGUACAAGUUACAGAAGCACGCUGUUUCUACGGCUUCCAGAUCGCCAUGGAGAACAUCCACUCAGAGAUGUACAGCCUGCUCAUUGACACCUACAUCAAGGACUCCAGCGAGAGGGAGUUUCUCUUCAACGCCAUUGAGACGCUACCCUGUGUGCGCAAGAAGGCAGACUGGGCAAUGCGCUGGAUUGCAGACAAGGAAGCUACUUUCGGUGAGCGGAUAGUGGCGUUCGCAGCGGUGGAGGGGAUAUUCUUCUCUGGGUCCUUUGCUGCAAUCUUCUGGUUGAAGAAGCGGGGACUGAUGCCAGGCCUGACCUUCUCCAAUGAGCUCAUUAGCAGAGAUGAGGGUCUGCACUGUGAUUUCGCCUGUCUCAUGUUCAAACACCUGGUGCACAAGCCCUCAGAGGCCAAAGUAAAGGGGGUGAUUUUGGACGCUGUUAGAAUUGAGCAGGAGUUUCUCACGGAGGCCCUCCCAGUCAACCUCAUUGGAAUGAACUGCGAGCUCAUGAAGAGAUACAUCGAGUUUGUAGCGGACCGGCUGCUUCUGGAGCUUGGUUUUAACAAGGUGUUCUGUGUGGAGAACCCCUUUGACUUCAUGGAGAACAUCUCCCUGGAGGGGAAGACCAACUUCUUCGAGAAGCGAGUCGGGGAGUACCAGAAGAUGGGGGUCAUGUCCAAGGCUAUGGACAACACGUUUACUCUGGAAGCAGACUUUUAACUACUACUUCUUAGAUUCUUUCUUUACCCUUUCCCCUUUUAGUGUACUUAUCUAUCUUAUGUUAAGAUCACACACAAUGUAGGAAUUAACUUGAAAAUCAGCUGUUUUUGGUCUGUUUACCAAAAGGGAUGUUUAAGUCCUAAGCCUGCUUUGUGUUUCUGCAACAUUACCAGCCAUGCUUCUCUAAUGCAAAGCUUGCAUUACUUUUGUAGCUUUUUAUUCCUAGUACAGCAGAAUUGAAGUGUAUCUGGUUUACUGACCCAUCUGAGGGGAAUUGUUCAUUUUACCUCUGUUUACAUAUGUCCUGGUUUUAACAUGUUGUAAAUAACUUUUAGCUAGAUUAUAAAAUGUAUUUAUGAAUUUAUUAAAUUUGCUGUUUCUCA